UGUCUGCGCUAUUAUUUGCUCACACUCCCAGUCACAGCAGAUGUUCCGUGGUUUUAUUUGCUGACACGCAACGACGGAGCUGGUCGAGAUUUUUAUGGUCAGUUCUGCUUUUGGAUUGGGUAACGUUUCAGAAUUAAGCAGGAGUGUGUUCUUGCCGUCUUGUUCACUUACGAAUUCACGAAAGAUUGUGGCAAAAAGUGGGCCUUUUCAGGAGAUGUGGCUGUUCCGAAGAAAAGGGCCUUCUGGAUUUUCUUCAGCGUCCACAGCUGAGGAAGUUACCAAUGGAAUUGAUGCAUCUGGCCUCACUGCCAUUGUUACAGGCGCAUCAAGUGGUAUCGGUUCAGAAACUGCACGUGUUCUUGCACUGCGUGGUGCGCACGUUGUAAUGGGGGUAAGGAAUAUGGCUGCCGGCAAUGAAGUUAAACAAUGGAGUUAGAUCUCAGUUCAUUGGCAUCUGUUAGAAAAUUUGCUUCCGAGUUUACUUCCUCAGGUCGUCCGUUGAACAUUUUGAUCAACAAUGCAGGAGUGAUGGCAACCCCUUUCAAGUUGUCUCAAGAUAACAUUGAGUUGCAGUUCGCCACAAACCACUUGGGGCAUUUUCUUCUAGCAAAUUUGUUAUUGGACACCAUGAAAAAAACAGCUCGUCAGACGAAAAGGGAGGGUAGGAUUGUGAAUGUUUCCUCUGAGGCUCACCGAGUUCCAUAUGAGGAAGGAAUCCGUUUUGACAGACUCAACGAUCGAGAAGGAUAUAGAAGAUGGGGUGCAUAUGGCCAAUCAAAACUUGCUAACAUACUGCAUGGUAACGAGUUGGCUAGACGAUUAAAGGACGAAGGUGCAGAUAUAACGGCAAAUUCGCUUCAUCCUGGAGUAAUCUCGACCAAUCUUUUCCGUCACCUUGGAGUAUUUAAAGGUUUUGUCAGUACAUUUGGAAAACUCGUGCUAAAAGAUGUUCAACAGGGGGCUUCAACCACAUGUUACGUUGCAUUGCGUCCAGAGCUGAAAGGGGUUAGUGGUGAAUACUUUUCGGACAACAACUUGGCCAAAGCAAGUGCAAAGGCUGCAGACACAGAUUUGGCUAAGAAACUCUGGGAGUUCAGCCUGGACUUGAUCAAGAAAUAAUUUCUCUCGUUUAAGUAGUAUGGUCAAAAGUAAUUUUGAGAAAUGGAAAGCUAGCCCUGGCUUCUUUUUUGGACUGGUGGUUCUUCAAAUUCCUAAUACGCAAAUGCAUAUUUUACUCAGAAAUUCCACAUUAGCAUUGUGUA